ACACAUGAACCCACAUUCCCACUGCUCUCACGUUUCUCCUUGCUCUCUCUUCUUCAAGACUUCAACUCUUGAAAAAUGAAAAAUUCUUGAAAUUCCUUCACUUCAACCCACCCCAAUUCUCACCAAUCUCGUAAGAAUUCCCAAAUUUAACUUCCAUUCUUCUAGGGUUUCUUUCCCCUUCUCAAUCUUUACUUGAAACCCUAGACUCCAAUGAAAAGACCUUCUCUUUUUUGUGUGUCAGUGCCACAACUCUUCUACUUUGCCAAUUAAUUGCCGGGCUGACGUUCUUUACACUAGGGAUCAACCGGAGGAGAGUGAGGCGCAAAUACUCAAAGUUUAUAUUGUAAAAAUGGUUAGUUAAUGGGUUUAUUUUUCAUUUUUGUGCAAGAUUGUGUUGUGGAGGUAUAUCUAUUAGAUUGAAAUGGACAGCGAGAUUUUAGAAUUCGAUAUAGGUUUAGGAGGAGUGGGUAGUGGGAGAGACGGAGAUGAGGGUGUUGAUGAAGAGGACAUGGAUGAUAGUCCUCUUCCUGUCACUACUGGUAAUACUGGGAGUGGUGAAAUUUACCUUCCUGAGGGUGACCUUUUGGAUCUUGAACCUUAUGAGGGCAUGGAAUUUGAAUCUGAAGAGGCUGCCAAAGCCUUUUACAAUUCUUAUGCUCGACGUGUUGGGUUCAGUACUCGUGUCAGUUCCUCGCGCCGUUCCAGGCGGGAUGGAGCUAUUAUUCAAAGACAAUUUGUUUGUGCUAAAGAAGGGUUUAGGAAUUUGAAUGAGAAGCGCACAAAGGAUAGGGAGAUUAAGAGACCUCGAACUGUUACUAGAGUUGGGUGCAAAGCAUCUUUGUCCGUUAAAAUGCACAAUUCUGGGAAAUGGGUUGUGUCUAGUUUUUUUAAAGAACACAAUCAUGAGCUAGUUCCUCCCGAUCAGGUUCAUUGCCUUCGUUCUCACAGGCAAAUCUCUGGUCCUGCUAAAACCUUGAUUGAUACCUUGCAAGCAGCUGGAAUGGGCCCUCGUAGGAUUAUGUCAGCCUUAAUAAAAGAAUAUGGUGGAAUAAGCAAAGUUGGAUUUACAGAGGUGGACUGUAGGAAUUACAUGAGAAAUAAUCGGCAGAGGAGCUUAGAAGGAGACAUUCAGCUACUUUUGGAUUAUUUGAGGCAAAUGCAUGCAGAGAACCCCAAUUUCUAUUAUGCUGUGCAGGGUGAUGACGACCAGUCUGUCAGCAAUGUCUUCUGGGCUGAUCCAAAGGCUAGGACUAAUUACACUUACUUUGGUGAUACUGUUACCUUUGAUACAACCUACAGGUCCAAUAGGUAUCGCUUACCCUUUGCAACUUUCACUGGAGUAAACCAUCACGGACAGCCUGUCUUGUUUGGAUGUGCGUUCUUAAUCAAUGAAUCUGAAGCAUCUUUUGUUUGGUUGUUUAAUACAUGGCUUGCAGCAAUGUCUGGUCACCCCCCAGUGUCAAUCACUACUGAUCAUGAUGCCGUGAUACGAUCAGCCAUCACUCAGGUUUUCCCAGAGACACGUCAUCGUUUCUGCAAAUGGCACAUCUUCAAAAAAUGUCAGGAGAAAUUGUCCCAUAUUUUUCUCAAGUAUCCAAAUUUUGAAGCAGAGUUUCAUAAAUGUGUCAACUUGACUGAGUCAAUUGAAGAAUUUGAGUCUUUCUGGUUGUCUCUGUUUGAUAGAUAUGAACUCAGGGAUCAUGAGUGGCUUCAAACAAUUUACCAUGCUCGCAGGCAGUGGGUUCCAGUAUAUCUGAGGGACACUUUUUUCGCAGAAAUGUCCAUAACUCAACGAAGUGAUAGUAUGAAUUCAUACUUUGACGGUUUUAUUAAUGCUUCAACCAAUCUUAGUCAAUUUUUUAAGUUGUAUGAGAAAGCACUAGAAUCUCGAAAUGAGAAAGAAGUGAAAGCAGACUAUGAUACGAUGAAUACUUCCCCGGUUUUGAAGACUCCAUCUCCAAUGGAGAGACAGGCAUCUGAGCUUUACACCAGAAAACUGUUUAUGAGAUUUCAAGAGGAGCUGGUUGGGACGCUUACAUUCACAGCUUCAAAAGCUGAGGAUGAUGGGGAGAUCAUUACAUAUCAAGUGGCAAAGUUUGGGGAGGAUCAUAAAGCUUACUAUGUCAAAUUUAAUGUUUUAGAGAUGAAAGCCUCUUGUAGUUGCCAGAUGUUUGAGUUUUCAGGUCUUCUCUGUCGACAUAUACUGGCAGUCUUUCGGGUGACUAAUGUCCUUACACUUCUGUCCCAUUAUAUCUUGAAACGAUGGACAAGAAAUGCUAAGAGCAGUGUUAUAUUAGAAGAACAUGCAAAUGAUGUAUAUACCAAUUAUCUAGAAUCUCAUACAGUUCGAUAUAAUACACUACGUCAUGAAGUAUUUAAAUUUGUAGAUGAAGGGGCACAGUCAGUGGAUGCUUACAAUGCGGCAAUGAUAGCUUUGCAAGAUGCUGCGAGAAAAGUUGCAGUGGCAACAAGGAAUGAUGGGAAAACUACUUUGGUGAAUGGGCGCAUGAGGACCAAAACUGAGGCAAAUCGACCAAUUAGUAUUAGUGCAAAUCAUCUUGUCUCCAGCCAACCUUUGUCAGAGCAACAUGUAGCAGUUGACUGGAGUGUAGGAAUUUUAUGAUAUUCAUGAUGAUUUGGACAAAAAAAUUCGAGAACUAACCAGUGAGCUUGAAUUUGCAAGUCGUAAAUGUGAAGUUUAUCGGGCUAACCUGCUUUCAGUAUUAAAAGAUAUUGAGGACCAUAAGCUACAGUUGUCGAUAAGAGUGCAAAACAUAAAGAUUAGUCUGAAAGACAGCCCUUAAAAGAAGCUAUACAAUUUUAUUUUGUAUUUUUUUCUUGUUAAAUUUUUUUCUUUUGUACUUCUAGUUCUCCCUUGGCAAGGCUCUGUUACAUUUACCUGCUGAUGCUGUGGAGAUAGGUUAGCUUUACACUUUCUGUUACCUUGUACAGUCUACGUAAUUUCUUUAGAUGCUUAUGUUGCCAAUUUCAAGUUAUAUUUCCUUCA